AAUUUCCUGGAAUGUAUCAUUGCAGCAAACCGUUUUCACAUCUUGAGGCUGCUCAAAGUGAAACAUGAGUCUGGCAUGUCUGGUGUGCCAUAGUGUUGAAAGCCCAUCACAGUCCUUCAGAAGUUACUCUGUUUCAAGUUCAGACAAUGACGGAAGAUGUUCAGCGAUUGCCAAUUGUUUGAUCAAGAAGAUAUCACUUGGCCACCCCGCUGCAAAUGGUGGCAUCACAACCUCUAAAGUGACCCCUCAGCCUACUGAUACGAGUAAUGGCAUAACAGGCCCCCCACGGCUUGUCAGAAGCCGUGCUGUGAGGAGGGAUAUAGUCAGAGACUGGAACUUUGAUGAGGUUGCGUUGGAGCGUUAGUCCAGUAACUGCUGGAAUGUAGGUGCAGAAGAGACAUUAUGCUUGCCUUUUAGUGUUAAAUCAGAUAGAAUUUUGAAUGCAGUACUUUGAAUCUAGUUUUGGGUGCAAAUGUCACACUACGGAGGAUUUCUAUAUAAAUUAUCUGUUGAUAUUCCCUUUCCUUCU